CAAGGGUAUAUAAUAAUUACCUUAAAGAAAACCCAGGAACCAAGCAGUAGAGUAGUAUAGUACCCAAAACCCGAAUAGAAUCGAAGAACCGACCCUGAUGAUUACAUAAAUUCACUCUCACAAGUUACAGAGCUUUCUCUCUCAGAAACCCUAACCCCCGUCGCUCCCCCAAAUCGUAGCUUCCCUCCAAAACCCUAAUUCGUCAUUCUCCUCGGCAAUGACCAAGGUGUACGGAACAGGCGCGUACGAUUUCAAGCGCCACCAUGUUGCAGAGUACCCGGUGGAGCUGAACCACCAGCUCGGAGACAAGCCGGUGGUGGAGGCUAAACCCGGUGCGGCGCUGCCGAGCUCGAUAACGCUGUCGGAGAUUCAGAGGGACCAGCUCACUAUGAUUGCAGCUGCGAAUUGGUCCAAAGCCGGCGGCGACGCCGCACAGGUGAAGAAGGCGUUCGACCCGGAGCUGGUGCCGUUGCAGAGAGUGAUGAUUUUGGAGGUCAGCCAGUACUUGGAGAACUAUCUCUUUCCCAAUUUCUAUCCCGAAACGGCGACGUUCGAGCACGUUAUGUCCAUGAUUCUCAUUGUCAAUGAGAAUGUAUUGCCUUUUGAAAUUGCACUAUUUACUUUGGGUCACAUUAGGUUUCGAGAGAAUGUGGCAGCUUGGGUAUGCUUUCAUGACCGGAAAGAUGCGUUUAAAGGAUUCCUUGGAAGGGUUCUUCGACUUAAAUCGGUUUGUGCCCAUUUCUCUGCAUUAACAUAUUCCUUAAUGCAUCAUAUAUGGGCUAAGGUAUGUCAUCAAGGGUUUUAACAUUUGGAACUAUGACCAAUAACACAAUAAUCAAUUACUGUGGAAUAUGGUACGGGUAUCUUCAUACAGUUGGAACAUUUUAUUCCUCCUCCCUCGUUGUGUCAAGCUUGUGUAGUGAAACUGUAUGAUUGCUCCUGUGGUUUAUAUAUGAUUGCCCGUAGUUUAUGCCUUGACUCUUAUGGGUAUUUUUUUUUCAUGGAAAUUGGUAUGCCAGAGGUGCUGAUGAGGCCCAGACAAUUAUGAGGAGUUGGGUGAAAGGAGGCGUUGUACCUUGCUUGUGCCGGCCCCAUUUUGGUGAUUGAUCACCAAGAGCUGGGUGGAAAAGGUGUCCAAGAUGUCAUCCAUGUCAAAAGCCUAGUGUUUGAGCUCAUCCAGCCACAGCUUCACCGCCUUGCUUGUGAGAGUUGCUUCUUCUCAGCAUCCUGCAGCACAGCUCCAAUUGCAGACAGAGUUGCACUCCAUUUCUUGGAAAUGACCGAAACUGAGCAAGUUGUGGGGGGUCAACCUAUCGAGCAGCAACUGAAGAAAAGCCUCAAAGAAAAACACCUCCACCACCAUUUCUGCUGUCGAAGGCUUGGGAUUCAAUAAGGCUUCCAAAUGAAAUUGUGUCCAUAGCUAUUGUUGCUAAACUUAGCAAGAAAGAAAGUUCAAACUUUAAA